AUGCAAGUCUGGAACAAAGCUGUAGUGGCCAAAUUGUACUGGGAUUUAGCAAAUAAAGAGAACAAGCUUUGGAUCAAAUGGAUACAUACAUACUAUAUAAAGGGGCAGAGCAUGUGGCAAGAUAAACAAGCCAGCUGGAUGAUAAGGAAAAUAAUGAGUGCUAAACAUACAAUUGAUCAAAUCCAUCUGAUGCAGGGCAAGAAAGGGAGUAUGAUCAGGCAGAUUUAUCUGUAUAUGAUAUGGGAACUGCAAAGGCCUGACUGGAAAUGCCUCAUGUUCAACAAUGCAGCAAGGCCAAAAGCUUACUUCACAAUGUGGCUUAUGCUUAACAAGAAGUUAGUAACGGUUGACAGGCUAGCUAAAUGGGGCGUGGAAGUAAAUAAGACUUGCAUCUUAUGCAAGAAAGCAGAAGAGACUAUACAUCAUAUGAUCAUCCAAUGCCAAUUUGCGAGGAAGCUAUGGGAAAGGUUGUUUAAAUGGAGUCAUCAGCUUAGUGUGGUACCAAUGACAUGGGGACAGUUUAUACAAUGGAGUAUUCAACAUGGGAAGGGGAAGACUUAA